GGAGCGGGGCCUGGAGCAGGAAGUCCGUCUGAGGCGAAAGGCGGGAACCUGCUCCGCGGAGUCGGCGGUGAGGGAGCGGAGGCCAUGGACGGCAGAGGGGAGCGGGGCGGGCGGAGAGGGCGGCCCGCAGCCUCGCGGGGCCGGGGCGCGGUGAAGGCCGCAGCCCGCAGCUCCUCGCCGGGCCGGGGCCGGGGCCGGGGCGCGGGCGGCGGGCCGGGGGACGCCGCCGCCGCCGCCACCCUCCGUGGAGCGCGGAGGGACGGAUCCGCCGCCCGGCGCGGCCCCCCGGCGAGGCGAGGCUCCGUCGUCAGGAACCUGCCGGCGGGGCCGGCCGCGGGGGGCGGAGAGGCCCCCGCCGCCCCUCGGAGCAGGGCAGCGGCCGCCGGAGCCCCCGCGGCGCGGAGGCGAGCGGCGGUGCCCGACGGGACGGUCGUUCCCCCCGUGGCGGCCGCCUCGUCGUCGGGCGGCCCGCGGCUGCGGGAGGUGCUGUCGCGGCUGAGCCUGGGCCGGCAGGACGUGUCCGAGGCGUCGGGGCUGGUGAACCAGGUGGUCUCGCAGCUGAUCCAGGCCAUCCGGAGCCAGGAGGGCAGCUUCGGCUCCAUCGAGCGGCUGGGCGCCGGCAGCUACUACGAGCACGUCAAGAUAUCUGAACCGAAUGAGUUUGACAUCAUGCUCGUAAUGCCUGUUUCAAGACUUCAGCUGGAUGAAUGUGAUGACACUGGAGCCUAUUAUUACCUAACGUUCAAAAGAACUCCAAAAGAGAAGCAUUUGUUUAAGUUUUUAGAUGAAGAUGGAAAAUUAUCAGCCUUUAAAAUGCUUCAAGCACUAAGAAACAUUAUUAAACGAGAAGUAAAAAACAUUAAAAAUGCAGAAGUAACUGUGAAAAGGAGGAAGGCUGGAAGCCCUGCAAUAACUCUUCAGAUCAAAAAUCCUCCAGCAGAAAUAUCAGUGGACAUCAUCUUAACUUUGGAAGUUCAGCAGAGCUGGCCACCCAGCACACAGGAUGGCCUCAAAAUUGAACAGUGGCUUGGAAGAAAAGUCAGGGGAGAGUUCAGAAACAAAUCACUUCAUUUAGUAGCCAAGCAAAACAAAAAAGAAAAGGUUCUAAGAGUUGCAGACACUGGUACUUACUGCUGUGGAACAGUUUUAACAAUCUUGUACUCAACUUUAGGAAACACCUGGCGACUCUCUUUCUCGCAUAUUGAGAAGGCCAUGCUGAACAACCACGGCAGCUCAAAGACAUGUUGUGAAUCUGAUGGACCAAAGUGCUGUAGGAAAGGUUGUCUUAAGCUUCUGAAGUAUCUUCUAGAGCAACUUAAAAUGAAAUAUACAAAACAGCUGGAAAAAAUCUGUUCAUAUCACGUCAAAACUGCUUUUUUCCACUCGUGUGUCAUGUGGCCAAAUGACACAGACUGGCAUUUGGGAGACCUGGAUCACUGCUUUCAGAAAUACCUGGGAUAUUUUCUGGAUUGCCUGCAAAAAUCUGAGCUGCCGCACUUUUUUAUUCCCCGAUACAACUUGCUCAGCCUGGAAGAUAAAGCAAGCAGUGAUUUCCUUUCAAGACAAAUAAACUAUCAGUUGAACAACAGAUUCCCAAUAUUUCAGGAGAGAUGUCACCUGCAAAAUAUCUUCAAGGUAUGCAGAAAGUACAGAAGAAUUUGCAGUAGUUAAGUUUCCCACAUGUAACUUCUACGAUUCCAAAUAUAAAGGCAUCAAUGACUGGGUAAAGUGAAAAAUGAUGAUUUUAUUUAAAAUGAAGAUCCAUUGCAGAAUAUCCAAAACACACUCCUGCUUUCAAAAGAAAACAAUAAAAAGUCACUGGAGUUACUUCGACAUAAACCAGAACAACUUCUCCAGAUCAGCUGGAGUGGAUGAAGACCUUUUGCAGAGGACAGUCACCAGCAGCAGAGAGAGAAUAUGGUAUCAAAACAGUAUGAACUUCCUGAAGUAACUUACCUUCUCUCAGUCUUCAGAAUUGCUUUAGAAAUUAGUCUUUUCACUGGACUUUGGACAGGAAGCAAUCAUUAUCUAAUGUGCUGCAAAAGAGUAAAUGUUAUUGUGCCAAUCAGCAUUUGUGUGACAACUCUUGUGGAAAGAAAUGUAUCUUCAACCUGUAUCGAGGAGGCAGAGUCUCCUCCAUGUGAAAGGUUAUCAAAACCAAAAUGCAGCAUGAAUCUGACAUUCUCGGAAUUGGAAUUCAGCUCAUGUUGAAGCUCUUAUAUUGAAGAAUAUGUCUUUUAGGAAAAAAAAUAAUAAUUGUAAUAUUUCCUAUUAUUGAAAUCAUGCAGGUGAUAAAUACAGAGCAUUUGGGAACUGCUGUGCUGUAUUUUGCCUUUUCUUAAAGAAGCCAUGGGAAGUCCAUAUUUUUAGCCUACUUUUUGAAGGCAAAAUAACCUACUGGCUUAAAUAAUGCCCAGACUUCACCUCAGUUAUGAGGAUAUAAAAAAAGAGGGAAGGCCAGAAGAACAUUUAGAGAAUAAUUUUACUAUAAUAGUCUCAUCUUACUAGAUUCAGUUUAUUAGUUAUUCAUUUCAUCAUAUGACAUGAGUAAACACAAGUGUCAAAUGACUAAGUGUCAAAUGAAGGAAUAGCUCCUUCCCAUAUAACUUCCAACAAGUGAAAACACACCCCAUUAUCAUUAGCAGUCUGUGUGACAGAACCUGACAUCCAAAUGUAAAAUUUGAAUAAACUUUAUCUGAAAGAAAUAGAA